AUGACCGGUCUCUGUAUUCGUAUCUGGAUGUUAACGUUCCACCUCCGUUCCGCGUUUGAGAAUGACAUGAUUUCGCGAAAUCAUGCCGCGCUAGAUUUCGAGCUUGUCUCUAAGCUGAAUCUUUGCCUUGAGCCUCAAUUUUUUGAGCCUUCGUCCGCUUCGUGCGGACAGACCCUCCUUGUAAAAUCCCCAGUCCGCUGUUUCCUAUCCGUCGAAUCCCCUAUAGAGUUUCUUGGGGCGACUUGUCGGCCACCGGCAUUUUCUCUGGCGGUUCUGUUGCGUUAA